AUGGAAACUCAUAUAUUUCAUUCGAUUCAAUACUAUACAAAUAAAUUAGGAUCUGAUUAUAAAAUCGUAUCUAGAUUAUGGUCACUUUUGAUGACCAUUCGUCAUGAAAUUCUUAUCAUGUAUAGUGUGUCUGUUGCUGAUUGGACAACGGCCAUAAUUCCUCCAUUGCUUAUGGCAAUUGCUUCUGUGGAAGAAGAUCGACUAAAUAAACCAUUCCGUCCAAUUGCUUCUGGUCUUAUAACAGUUGAAGGUGCUAAAUGUCAUCUAAUUGCCUUCUGUAUUAUUUACCCAAUUAUAGCAUAUCUAGUCGGUGGUUUAUCCUCACUUAUUUUAUGUUUUAUGUGGCAAGUCUGGAUUGUAUUUAACGAAACUCUCAAGCUUGGAAAAAACGCUUUUUACAAAAAUUUAUUUUCUGCUGUUGGCAUGUGGAUCCAACUCGCCAGUUGCUAUUAUAUUAUUCUUGACACUGAUCCUAGCUUAUAUGAAUUACUGAGUAAUAAGCCAUGUCUGUAUAAAUUUGCCAUCUUUUUUUUUAUCAUGACCACUGCUCAAGUUCAAGAUAUGGGUGAUCAAAAGGGUGACAAGCUUAUUGGUCGUAAGACACUUCCACUUCUCAUAAGUGAUAAUAUUUGCAGGUGGUUGACAGUUUUGAUGUUAAUUAUAUCAUUAUUAGUAGUACGCUAUAUUUCUUCCAUAUUUUUACAUGAUGUAGUUAAAGGCAUUAUUAUUAAUGGACUUGUUCCAUAUGAAUUUGUCUUUGUUGAAUUCAUUCUAAUAACCUUGAAUCUUUUUACCUGCAUUAGAUUAAUUAUUUACAGGAUGCCAAAGCAAGAUAGUUUUACCUAUCAAAUAUGCUAUGGUGGUUUUUAUUGUACAUUAUGUUUAUACUACGGAAUGUGUAUUAAUAAACACAUAGAACUGAAAGAUAUCGUUUCUGUAUAUUAA